AUGCUGAACAACAAAACUAGCCUAACAUUGCUACUGCUGCUCAACUUGGCGGUGGUUUUGGUGUCGCUGGGUAGUGGCCCGGCGCCUGCCUGGGGGCUAGUCCCACGCCAGAACUUGACCACCACCACCAGGGGUAACCUCACCUCGGCCGACAUCGAAGUUGUGCUGGCCACUCACAACUGCUACCGCGCGGCUGUCAACCUGCGCCCGCUCAACUGGAGCGCGGAAGCUGCAGCCUUUGCCCAGGCCUACGCGAACCGCUGCACCUAUGCCCACAACCCCAACAACACCCUCUACGGGGAGAACAUCGCCGCCGGCUCCGACGGGGGAGGACUACAACUGCACCACCAACCAGUGCCGGCCCAACGCCACCUGCGGCCACUACACGCAGGUGGUGUGGAACACGACGCGGGCGGUGGGCUGUGGCAUGGCCUACUGCCGAGAGAACAGCCCGUUGGGCGAGCAGUUCCCCAACUGGACCUUCUACGUGUGCAACUACACCCCUCCCGGUACCUUCCCCGCUCCUCUCUCACCCAUAGCCAUGAGCUGACGGCGCCGGCUGCUGUUUAG